UUGUGAUGUAUGUAGGUUAGUUUAUAAUAAAUGGUGGGGGGUAGUCUAAGUAGCUUGGUUGUGAGAUGUCAUUUUAUAAACCAGUCCGGAAUAAAUGCUUGUUACGUACGCCCGUGUUUCAGUUAGCUCCGCGACACCGUUAUCCCUCAGGACUAUCGACCGCUAUAUCACAUUGGCGAACGAGGAUUAGUACCAAUAUUUACGCGUGCAGGUUAGACAUCGCAAUUAUGUCGAUUGGUAAAGUGCGGGAGUUCGACGUGAAGAACGGGGCGUGGUCGUCCUACGUGGACAGGCUCGAGAUGUACUUUACAGUGAACAGUGUGAAAAAUGAACUCAAAGUGCCUACUUUAAUUGCGGUAAUGGGUGACGAAGCUUACGAACUAUUAUCGAAUCUAGCCAGCCCUAAGAAACCAGCGGAACUAAGCUACGAGUGUGCGGUCAGAUUAUUACGUAAUCACCUCCAACCGACCCCGUCGGCACUGGCAGAGCGGUUCAGAUUUCGGCAGAGAAGGCAAGCGGCGGACGAGAAUGUGGCAAGCUACGUGGCGGAAUUAAAAAAGUUGACACGCUAUUGUAAGCUGGGGGACGGAUUAAACGAAAACCUUCGGGAUCAAUUCGUGUGCGGCUUGAGGAGUGAUCUCAUCCGGCAGAGGUUAUUUGCAGAGGAUGACACGCUCACGUUUACUAACGCGGUGAAGUUAGCCAGCUCAUUAGAAGCCGCGGAACGCGACGCAGCUGCGGUUGACGCGACAGGAGCCGCAAGCCGGGAGCUAUCGGCGGAUGUGCAUGCUCUGGCGGUCAGCAGCGGCAAGCAGCGGCGGGAGCCACGGGCGGCGGGCCGAGCCGGGCGCGGUACACAUGGAGGAGCGGGAGCGCAGCGGGCGGAGGUCGCCGGAGCGAACCUUAGCGGCAACAAGAUUGCGAGGAGUGGCAGUCGGGAUACACACAGUGGACAAUGUUAUAGCUGUGGGGGAGUGGGCCAUUAUCGGGAAGAGUGUCGAUUUAACCAAUACACCUGUAGCAAGUGCAAGCGGGUGGGGCACCUCAGGCGUGUGUGCCCGGACCAGAGGCAGGGGCGAAGAGCAGCUGUACACUAUGCCGCAGGAGAGGAGGAGCCAGAGGACGAGAAUCUGGACAGUUGCGGGGAGGAUUUUCACCACUUAUGCCUGAACGAUUAUAAGGCGAUAUAAGGAAUUAUUCAGCGGAGGUUUGGGCACAUACACGGGGGGCAAGGCGACUCUGAGGGUUCGGGAGAGCGCGGUACCGGUGUUCCACCGCGCGCGGCCGCUGCCGUACGCGCUGCGCGACCGCGUCGACGCGCAGCUCGAUCAGAUGCUGCGCGACGGCGUCAUCGAGCCCGUCGACUGCUCCGAGUGGGCCUCACCUCUCGUACCGGUAAGCAAGGCUGAUGGUUCCUUGAGAAUUUGUGCUGACUACAAAGCUACAGUCAACCCGGCGCUUGUGGUAGACCGCUAUCCGUUGCCAAAAGUAGACGAUUUGCUGGUAAGGUUAAGUGGGUCACAGUUUUUCUCAAAAAUUGAUUUAUCUCAGGCCUAUAAUCAGGUUUUGUUAGACGAAACGAAAAAUCUCACCGUUGUGAAUACCCAUAGAGGUCUGUAUAGGUAUAAUAGGCUGGUGUAUGGCUUAGCAUCCAGCGCCGGGAUUUUUCAACGAAUAAUGUGUAAUUUAUUAAAUAAUAUCCCUAACGUCGAAGUAUUUUUAGAUGACGUCAUAAUAGGGGGCCAAACUAAAAGGGAUCACUUGCAAGCUGUUGAAGCUGUAUUUAGUAGGUUGCAUAAAUAUGGACUAAAGUUAAAAAGUAAUAAAUGCGUAUUUUUAGUUAACGAAGUACGUUAUUUAGGUUAUAUUUUAAAUAGGGAUGGUAUAAGAACGGAUCCAGAAAAAAUUCAAGCCAUUACCAAAAUACCUCGACCAAGCUGUGUAACAGAGCUGCGUUCGUUUUUAGGUUUAGUAAAUUUUUACGCAAAGUUCGUUAAGAACAUGAGCACAAAGUUAGUUCCCUUAUACGAAUUACUUAAAAAAGGUUGUACAUGGAAUUGGUCACAGCAGUGUGAACAAGCGUUCACAGAGGUUAAACGACUUUUGGUUAGCGCGGAAGUUUUGAUGCACUAUGAUCCUAGUCUGCCGCUCAUAGUGACCUGCGACGCGAGCGCGCGGGGCGUGGGGGGCGUGCUCUCGCAGCCGAGUAGGUGCGGCGGCCGCGAGCGCCCGGUUGCCUAUGUAUCGCGCACGCUCAACGAUGCCGAGAGAAAUUAUUCUCAGAUACAUAGGGAAGCACUUGCUAUUAUAUUUUCUGUUAAUAAAUUCCACCAAUAUUUGUACGGUCGUCGUUUUACCCUACGCACCGACCAUAAGCCUUUGGUAUCGAUACUCGGACCACAUACAGGGAUACCUACCAUGGUAGCUAGUCGGAUGCAACGCUGGGCAAUAAUAUUAUCGGCUUAUUCGUACGAUAUCGAGUACGUGCGCACCGACGAGAACGGAGCGGACGGGCUGUCGCGGCUACCUGUGGCCGCCGGCGGUAAACAGAUGAGUCAUGCGUCUAGUAAUGCACCGGCGCCCGAGCAAACGUAUUUACAUUUUAUUCAACAGGAACUAUUGUUAGACUAUAAUGUUAUUAAAAGUAAAACGUCGCGUAAUCCGCUUCUCGCUAAAGUUUUGAGUUAUUUACGAGACGGAUGGCCGUCGGAUUGUGAGAUUAUGAGUAUGAAGCCGUAUUUUAAUCGUAAAGACGGGUUAUACGAAGAGUUAGGGUGCGUUAUGUGGGGUCAUAGGCUGGUAGUACCGGACGAGUGUAGGGAGAGGGUACUACGCAUGAUUCACGAACCCCAUAUGGGAAUAGUAAAAUCGAAAGCUUUAGCUCGCAGUUAUGUGUGGUGGCCGGGGGUGGACGAGGACGUGGAGCGGUUGUGUCGGGAGUGCGCGGUGUGUGCCUCGCAGGCGGACGCGCCGCCGCGCCAGACCCCGCGAAUGUGGCCCUGGCCAAACCGGCCCUGGUCUAGAGUUCACUUAGAUUUCCUAGGACCAAUUUUUGGCAAAACUUACCUGGUUUUAGUCGACGCCAUGUCUAAAUGGAUAGAAGUUUGUCAGGUUUCUAGCACAGCGGCAACUGGGACUAUAGGAAAGAUUAGCGAAUUAUUCAGUAGAUGGGGUUUACCUAAACAGAUAGUUACAGACAACGGACCGCCGUUUUUUAGCGCGGAAUUCGCUAAUUUUGUGAGUAGCCAGGGUAUUGAGCACAUAUUUUCGCCACCGUACCAUCCGGCUUCAAACGGUUUAGCGGAAAAUGCUGUAAAAUCGUUAAAAAGAGUUAUUAAAAAAGCUAGUGCGGAGAAACAAGACAUAGAUAAAGCCUUGUGUACGUUUUUGUUGCAUUAUAGGAAUACUGAGCACUCGACAACUGGGGAAAGCCCGGCUAUGUUGUUACUAGGCAGACGGUUACGUACAAAAUUAGAUGCACUGAAACCGAAUAGGGAGGGUAAAGUCAGGGAAGCGCAGCAACGUCAAAAGGUAGCGGCAAAAGGAAGUAAUAGGGAGCUUAGGCCAAAUGAAACCGUAUGGUAUAGGCAGUACUUAAAGUCACAGAAGUGGGCAUCGGGCCAGGUGGCCGAGUGCGUCGGGCCUAGUAACUAUAAGAUCAGGGAUAAGCAUGGGGAGGUCUUACAUAGGCAUAUCGAUCAACUGAGACGGAGGACGGGUGGACGUUCAUCGCUCGCUUGCCCUGAUACAGAAUUUAAUACCAGCCAAAACGAGUCUAGCACAAAUUCUGAACCACAGAUAGCCUUGCCGGAUGCGGGGGAUGCGGCCCAAUCGGAGGAGAUAAACGACGAAGCCGGGAAGGCUGAGACGCCCCUUAAAGGGUCGGUAGUCAGUGGGUUGAACAGGAGGGAUGCUCCUGCGUCUCCCGAGUUCCAGGACGCCUUGCCAACUGUGACUACACCACCUCCUAGUCGUCCUGUACGACAGUGUAGGUUAAGGAAAAUGUAAUUAAGUUUAAGGGAAAUUUUAUGUUACUUUUAUAUUUUAGAUUUAAGUUAGUUUAAAUGUAGCAAAGGGGUUUUGUACGUAAGGGUUGAUUGAUGUGGGGGAAUGUGAUGUAUGUAGGUUAGUUUAUAAUAAAUGGUGGGGGGUAGUCUAAGUAGCUUGGUUGUGAGAUGUCAUUUUAUAAACCAGUCCGGAAUAAAUGCUUGUUACGUA